AUGGCGAGCGUGUCGGAGGACGAGGCCGGCUCGGAGCGGUGCUGCGGCAGCUACAGCCCCAGCGCCGACGUCAGCGGCUCCGAGACCUCCAGCGACUGCUCCGCCGCCAACGCCCGCCGCUUCCCCUUCUCCUCCUCCUCCGCCUCCGCCUCCCGCGGCCUCGCCUCCUCCUCCUCCUCCCAGCUCCCCACCCCCUCCUCCGCCGCCGCCUUCUUCCUCUCCAAGCCCGCCGCCGACCUCUCCGAGAUCGACAUGAUGAAGGAGCGCUUCGCCAAGCUGCUCCUCGGCGAGGACAUGUCCGGCAGCGGCAAGGGCGUAUGCACCGCGCUCGCCAUCUCCAACGCCAUCACCAACCUCUCCGCGACCGUGUUCGGCGAGCUGUGGCGUCUGGAGCCGCUGGCGGCGCCGCGGAAGGCGAUGUGGACGCGGGAGAUGGAGUGGCUGCUCUCCGUCGCCGACUCCAUCGUCGAGCUCACCCCGUCCGUCCAGGAGCUCCCCGACGGCGGCGGCCAGUUCGAGGUCAUGGUGCCGCGCCCCCGCAGCGACCUCUACAUGAACCUCCCGGCCCUCAGGAAGCUCGACGCCAUGCUCCUCGCCAUGAUCGACGAGUUCACGGACACCCAGUUCUGGUACGUGGACAGGGGCAUCGUGGUCGACGAGACGUCGUGUCCGUCGUCCUCGUCCGCGGCUUCGUCCUGCGGCGGGCGGCCGUCGUCGGUGCGGCAGGAGGACAAGUGGUGGCUGCCGUGCCCGCGGGUGCCGCCCAAGGGGCUCCCCGAGGACGCCAGGAGGAAGCUGCAGCAGAGCAGGGACUGCGCCAACCAGAUACUCAAGGCCGCCAUGGCCAUCAACAGCGACGUGCUUGCCGAGAUGGAGAUCCCCGAAGUCUACUUGGAGACCUUGCCAAAGAGUGGUCGAUCUUGCUUGGGUGAGAUAAUUUAUCGAUACAUAACAGCUGAGCAGUUCUCACCUGAGUGCCUCCUCGACUGCUUAGAUUUGUCAUCUGAGCACCAUACACUUGAAGUAGCAAACAGAAUAGAGGCUGCCAUCCAUGUUUGGCGACUAAAGGGCCAGAAGAAAUCGUCGCCUCAAGCCAAAUCAAAGAAAUCCUGGGGUGGAAAAGUGAAGGGUCUAGUUGGAGAUUCAAAGAGUAACGUUCUGUCCCAAAGAGCCGACGGCCUAUUGCAGAGCUUACGGUUACGACACCCUGGUCUGCCACAAACUUCCCUUGACAUGAACAAGAUCCAGUAUAACAAGGAUGUUGGCCAGUCGAUACUUGAAAGCUACUCGAGAGUCCUGGAGAGCUUGGCUUUCAACACCAUCGCGAGAAUCGAUGAUGUCAUUUACGUGGAUGACGCCACAAAGAAGUCUGCUGCUGCUGAGACCGUUUCGAUCUUCAACCGUGGCUCAGGCAUUCCAGUCCAGAAGAAAAUCUCCCCGAGCCCGUUCUCGGUUCAGCACACACCGUACGCCUCUCCCUUCGCCACUCCCACUUUCUGCUCCUCCACUCCGGUCGCAGGCAACAGCCCCGGAAGAGCGCAGCCUCCACUGAGCAAAAACAACUUGCAAGUCAAGCACGAGAUUAAAGUUGAGAAGCUCUUUUCCGGCGAUCUAGAGAAGGUCUGGACGUACGCCGGGAACCUGAGCGCUCGGAAAGAGGCGGGAGACGCUCCUGAGAGGGAUUGAAUGGAGGUGCUGAAGCAAGCAAGGUCUGACUCUAGGCAUGCCUUAUCAGGAAGGUCGGUCGACAGGUAUCAACAGAUCCUGAUCCGUAGAGCUAGGUUUCAUCCUGUACAGAUGCAACAUCAUUUUUUUGUGCUUUCUUAGCGCGAUCCGUGGACUGUGUACCCCUGCUCACAAGUAAUGUGGUAAUCUUGAUGGCGUCUAGUUUCGUGAGGGCUGCCUCUGUCAUCUGUGUAGCCUCCUUGUUCAUGUCUAUACUAGUAGCUAGCAGGUUGAGUUCUGCAGCAAGCCGGCAGGUGAUCGAACUCCGGAUGCUGGCAUGCUACUGCUGUUUUUUUGUGUCUCUGAAGCUAUCAGUGCUGUAACGGUAAACGGUUAACUGCACCUGCAGUGGAAUACUCUGCCGUUGUCACCAUGUCAUGUAUUCUGAUAUCUGAUGUAUGCUUGUACAUGAAUUGAACUAAUGAACUGAUCUAAUCUAGUUCUUCGUCU